AGAAAUCCAACGUUGAAGCAACAAACCGUUUUGAGUUAAUAAUGCAUUCCAUUCCCUGAACCAUUUCUAUUCUCUAUUUUAUUUCUCCUUUUUAAUCUCUAGAUAUUCAAAUUAUCAAUCAAAUUUUAGUUUUUCACUGGUUUUAUACUCUAAAGUUAAUACUCUCUGCUAUUUUAUUUUUGUGGUUUAAUUUUUGGUUAGUGCAGGUACUCAAACACAAGACCUAAAUGGGCAAAUCUUCUUCUUCUUCUAAAAGAAAACGCCCCAAAGAUUCCUCUAAGGUUCAGACAAAGAAGAAAAGUAAGAUUAAAAAAAGUGGAUUGAAGAAGAAGCUUAGGCGUCGUGAUGAUUCAGAUUCUUAUUUUAGUGAUGACUCAGGAAGAUCGGUUUCUAUUUCCUCUAGUUCCGAAGAAAGUUAUAGGCGUAGAAGGUCUCAGUCUCGCACUCAUAAGGCUGUAAAGGAGUCUAAAAGGAGGGCUCGUUCACUCUCUUCUAGCAGUGAGGAGUCUCAUCGCAUGAGAAAGCGUAAAAGGUCGAGGAGAAAUGAUGAUUCUGUGAUGAAGAAGAAAAAUUUCAGGAGCAAGAAGAAGACGAAGAAAGAUCGGGAAGCAAGUAUUAGCUCCAGGAGUAGAGGGCCAUGCUGUAGUUCACAUAGUAGUAGUAGUGAGAGUGAACAUGAGAGCCGUAGAGGCAGGUCUGGAAGGAAAGAAAAAAGAAUUAGAAAGUUGAAAAAUGUUAAUAGUGAAGCUGCACGGAGGAGAUAUAGGUCUAGGAGUUGUUCUCCCUGUAGUAUAAAUGAUGAAAGUAGUGAUCACUCGAGUAAAGAAAAAGUGAUCGAUGGAAAUACUUCAAAACGGCUGAAAUCAGUUAUUAUCGUUACAAAGGACGAUGAAGAUGAGGAGGAAAGAGAAUUAUAUAUGAAUGAAGAUAAAGAACAAACAAUCUGUGACCAUGACGAUUAUCCGUCUAGCAGAAGCAAUGAUAGUGUUGACGGGGAUGACCGUGCAAUAAGUAAACCCGCUUCUGUUGGAACUGUGAAUAAUGAUUCUACAGAGGGAAAGAGUAGUAAGAUAUCCGAGGCUGCUGAUAAUGUGGAUGCUAACGAUUUGGAGUCAAUUUUAAGGCAAAAGGCUUUGGAAAAUCUAAAAAGGUUUCGUGGAAAAUCUAAUGAUGAUACUCUGAAAUCACUAUCCACCAAAAAGGCUGAAGUAAACCAAAUUGCUUCCAUAAAUGAUGAUGGUCGUCCGGCAGCAAAGGGCGAUUCUGCUCAUUUAUUGCGCAAAGAAGAGAAUGAUUUCGAGAGAAACAGUGGGGGCAAUGAUUCGGUUUCGUCUGCAAACGAUAUUCCUGUAACUGAUGAGAUGGCUGUUGUUAGCAGGGAAAAUAUUAACAUGAAUUUGAACCCUGUCAGUAACAGACCAAGAUUGGUUAGAUCAGCAUUGAAGCAAGCAUUAUUAAAUGCCACCACCACAAAAAUUAAAUCACUUGCUUCACUGGAAACAAGUAAGCCAAAACUGAUGACUGAGAGUAGCAUAAGUGAACAUGAUGCGACUCUCCUACAAGGCGAUGAUUACAAUGAAGACGCUAACAAUGCCUCUGGUUUCGGCUCUUCCGUGAAUUCAUCUCGCCUCACAUCUGCAGUGAUUGACAUGAAUAAGUUGCAAGAUGAAGGCCAAUUAGGAUCGCAAUUACAGAAACUAGUAUCUUCUCCAACAACUCCUAGCAGUACAACUAAUGAAUUUACAGUUAAUACAACUGCUGAUUCUACUUCUGCUGAGCAAUCUUCAAGCGCAAGUAAAAACCAAGAUGAUGAUAAAGAGGGUUCACAGUUGGAACAGAAGACUAUGUCUGUGAUGCGGGGUGGCGAAAUGGUACAGGUGAGCUAUAAGGUUUACGUCCCUAAAAAAGCUCCAGGAUUGGCUCGGAGGCAACUCAAGAGGUGAUGUUUCUGGUGGAGGAAUAAUCCAUUUGUUCAAAUGCUAAGCAUAAUUUUGUUACCUCUAAAGAAAAAUUGAUACAUUUUCUAAGAGAACGGAAGAAUAAGGAUCCUCAUAGAUGACGAUCAUAAAUGACAAAGGAAUGUUGUAACUUUGUGAAGGAGCAUUUUUUUACAGGAGACUGCUUCAUUGCUAAUUUGCUAAGAUAAAUGAAUUAACUCAGUAGAAUUGUAAUGUUCAUAUGUUGAUUACAUUUGUGGGUUUGACGGCA